AUGUCAAACGCCCACAACUCGACGGAUACAAGGCUAACGAGUCUAGAGAACGGAACAUCUCGUUCUAGCGAUGACACCUAUGUGGGUGAUCACCGAUUUAGUACUUUGGACAAAAAGGAGGGUGAGACUGGGGUCUCUGUCGCAAGUGUGGAGAUACCAGAUGGUGGUUGGGCUGCUUCGUCCACCGUAGCAGGAGGGCAAGUGCCACCAUAUGAGGAUAAUGCUGAUGGACUCGUACAGAUUUACCAAUUCCUUUGGCGUCUAUCAAGACUACUAUUCCCGCUUUUAUCUCACCAAUUACACACCAUCAGAGAUUGGUUGGAUAGGAUCCGUACAACUGUUCCUGCUCUUCUGUCUCUGCCUACCGGCAGUGUUCAAGAGGGCAACUCUUUCAAUCCACUGACACCUAAUUCUCUGACACUUCAGAUAUUAUAUGCUAUCUCUGGCCAAGCCGCAACAGUUUUACCAG